AUGAGACAGCAGACAGCAGACACCUCGUCUCCUGCUACACUCUCAGCAGAUAUCGGUCUCAUUGCCCAACAACAUUCAGCCUCCAACCCUGUGCCUUCAACUGCAGUUGCACCUGUAACUGCAGCGACAGUGAUGUCUACACCGAUACACAUGCAGACGAUGCCUGCUGCAGUAACUUCUGCUAUGCCAGAGAGGGAUCGUCUACCCUUCCGUGAACCUGCACAGGCUACUAAACUCUCAGUCGAUCCUCUUACAGGUGGAGGAGCAUCAUUAUCACGGGAACCAGAAACUGCACAAGAGCCUGCAGGUCCUGACCAGUCACUCCCUGUGCCUUCUGAGCCAAGGCAGCCAGUGCCUAUGGCACCCAGCGGAGGCCAGAAUCGUCCACGUUCCACGUCAUACGUAUGUAUGAGUGAUCAUGAGAGACUGAUGCAACAUCUAGGCCUAACUUCUCUGAAUUACAAUUGA